CGGAUACCAGAAGACUGUGCCAGAGGUGCAGGCUACGUCUUUGAUAUUAUUCUUACUUAUUUAUAUUAAACCAAGGAUAUACUAUGGAAAAUCCAUACCAAUAUCCCGUUUUCUUUGAGUGCACCACUUUGAACGGGGAGCAAAAGAAAAAGAUUGAAAAUUAUUUUCACAUUUGCCGCAAAUCGGGCGGAGGAGAUUGCGGCGCGGUGACAGCUGUAGAUGGUAAAGUGUACAGUAUUGCUUUUAAAGAACGAGAAGCUCAGCAACGAGUCCUGCAAAGAUCUGAGCAUGUGCUGGAGUUUGCAAGUGGUUCUCUGGUUCUGGCUGUGCGAUGCAACCAGGCUCCCCACAGCUCCCCUCAUGCUACCCCGACACCGGGUCAGACGCUGGGGCCAGAUUCAUCGUCGCAGACACAGCAGAUCCAUGCAUCAAGCCUGACAUCUGGUGGAGAGGAGUAUGAACUAAAGCUUGAUUUGUUUCUCCUUCGUUACCUGAAGGAACAUCCAAAAGCUGAGAGAAAGUUGGAGCAGCAGCUCGCUGCUGUGUGCUGCUCUGCUCAGCUUCAUCCAGAGGAGGAGCGAGUUUUAGUCAGGCGGUUAGCUCUGCCUGACGCUGUAGGUGACAUUAGUAACUGGAAAGCUCAGGUGGACAAAGUGUUUGAUGGUUACCUCUGCCACUAUGAGAUGGAUUCUCAUAAAAUCAAAGCUUUGCUAAAGACCUGCAUCGGGUUUACAGACGAAGAUGAAGUGAAGGUUUACACCGAUAUUGGGAUGGCUAUUGUUGUUGGGGCACGUUCUCAUGUGACCUCCAUGCUGACAGACUUAGAGAACUUGUAUGUUAAGCAUCGAAGAUCACUCCUAACUGAGAGGCAAACCAGUGUUCGUCGACUUGGUGAGGGAAAAAUUUGCCUCCUCUGGGAAGGGAUUGAACAAAGUUUAGGACAAAAGUUUCCAGAACUGAAGGUCACACGGGGAGAUGCAGGCCAGCUGGUUUUGGAAGGUUCUGUUGAGGACCUACUCAAGGCUGGUGAACAUAUUUCUGAUGAGGAGAAUUUGGUGUCCGAGAGGACUGUUUCUAACAAGAGCCCACAUUUUUUUACCUUCUUGAGGAAGGUUUAUGGAAGUCCAGGGAUGCUUGGUGAGUUUUUAGGAGUUGGUGACAAGGUGGAAGUAGAACUGCGAGACACAGAAUUGCAUUUCUUCUCUCUAUGUUUUGAUGACCUGGAUGAAGCAGAGAGAAAGUUAGAAGAAAAAUUCAAGGAUGUCAAAAUCUACGUUCCGAACUGCUCGGUUGUGCCACCAGAGCUUCAGGAAAAGCUCAAGUCCAAGGAAAAAGAGCUGAACCAAAGGGAGUGCAGGGGUAAGGUUGUGUUUGCUGCAGACAACACCCUGUGUUUGCUGGGACGUACUGAAGAAGUUGAGGAGCUAAAGGAAACUGUCACACAGUUUAUUUUGGAUCAGUUGAACAUAGAAGGAACAGUCAUUCUGCCUUUCCCAGAGUUGGUUCAGCUCCUACCAGAAUUACUGCAGCUUCAUUUGUUUGACUUUUCCAGUGUUAGCUUUCAUCCCGUACCAUCUUCCACCACGCCCAUGGUGGUGCUCCAAGGUCCCUCCAGCAAAGUGACUGAGGUCAGGAAUAGGCUGGGUCCAUUUCUGGACUCCCUUGUGCAGGAAAAAAUUACCAUUGACCUGCCGGCAGCAGUAAGAUAUUUUCAAAGCCACUCUGGAAGAGAUAGUCUCCUGCAGGUUUCUAAUUCUCAUAAGUCUCUGGUCCAGUUUGAAGAACAACCUCAUAUUAGUAGGAAUAUUACGGAAGUUGCUAAGUAUAGCCUUCAGAGCGGCAUUAAGCUGCUGGUGUAUAAGGGUGACAUCACUCAACAAUACGCUGAUGUCCUGGUGAACGCUGCCAAUGAAGACCUGGACCACUGCGGUGGUGUUGCUGCUGCACUGAGUAAAGCUGCUGGCCCUCAGAUGCAGAAGGAGAGCAAAGAUAUUAUCAAACAGACUGGAAAAAUCCCAGUAGGUGACGUGGUGGUGACCUCAGGUGGGGACCUAAAAUGCAAAAAGCUGCUGCAUGCUGUUGGACCUGUAGGUGGAAAAGUAGGUGGCAGAGAGAAGGUCUUGCUAGAAAAAACUGUCCUGUCUGCUCUGAAUUUAGCAGAAAUGAUGGAGUUUCAGUCCAUCGCCAUGCCGUGUAUCAGCUCAGGCGUGUUUGGUGUUCCUGUCACCGUGUGUGCGGAGGCUAUUGUAACUGCUGUCAAAGAGUUUGGUAGUCAGGGUGGGCGCAGUCUGAGCAAAAUCAUACUUAUAGAUAGCAGACAAGACGUGGUGAGGGCAAUGCAGGAAGCGUGCAGAAGGUUACUUCAAGGGAUGGGUGGUGGAAACGGCACACAGAGUGAUGUGGGGUUCCAGAUGGGUGCUGAUGGAGAAAGAGGAGCUGCUGCUGCUACAGAUGGUGUCUGCAUUGAGAUUGUUCAAGGAUCAAUUGAGACCCAGAAGGUGGAUGCCCUUGUAUCGCCUAUGGUUGGCCACAAUCCCCUCUCCACCCGCGUCGGAAAUAUUUUCUCCAAAGCCGUCGGACCUCAGUUUACCCCAAUGUUUAAUAACGAGGCAGGAGGAGCAUCGCAGCCUGAUGACACAGUCGUUGUGGAGAACCUGCCCAGUCUUCAAUGUAAAGCAGUUAUCUUCCUCAACCAAGUCAGCUGGGAUAAUGACCCAAAUGGAAAUGCAGUCCAGGUGCUGAGGCAGGGAAUCAGAAAAAUUCUGGCUUCCUGUGGAAUCAGAGGCUAUAGUUCAGUAGCAUUUCCAGUUCUUGGGACCGGUGUUGUCCUGGGGUUUCCUCACAGCGUUGCAGCCAGGGUUCUUAUGGAGGAACUUGAAUCAUUUGAGCAGGGCCGAACCAGCAGAUCCCCUUUCCUCAUCCGGAUUGUUGUUCAUCCCAACGACAAAGAAUCUAGCAAGGCCUUCCAGUCUGCCCAGGAAGCUUUGCAUCUCAAAGGAUUGACAAAUGAUUCUAAUCCAGCUCAAGCUUCGUUUUACCAGAAAGUCUCCCUAACUAAUGAUGAGGUCACAGCCAUGCUGGGUGGAGUCAAGCUCCAGAUGGUCCAUGGUAACAUCAUAAAUGCAGGCACUGAUGUCAUCGUCAACACAACGGACUUCACCAACUAUCAGUCUGGAGUCUCCAAAGCUAUUAUGAAUGCAGCAGGGCCCACUGUCCUUGCUGAGUUAGCACAAGUGGGAAUUCCAUCCAACUUCAUGUGCACCACAAGUCCAGGGACACUCGGCUGCAAAGAAAUCGUUCAUGCUGGCUUCAAAUGUGAUCCUGAGAUUUUCCGAAAAAACUGCAAAAAGAUCGUGAAGCUUUGUGAAAGUAAAGGCUACAACUCAGUGGCCUUCCCAGCCAUCAAUACCGGAGCAGCUGGUAUGGACUCUGUGAAGGCUUGUAAAGCCAUGUUGGAUGGCAUGGCCGCAGCUCUCACAGACUUGAAGCCUAAUUCUCUGACACUUAUCCGAAUCAUCAUUAUGCAACAACCGAUCUUCCAGGCUUUCAGAUCAGAGCUGGAGAGUCGAUUUGGACAACAAGCUCCACGCCGCCUCAGUCUGAAAGAAAAGGCUAAAGAAAAGCUCAAGAAGUUACAAGAAAAGAUAUCAAGAGCCUUCACGCCCUCAACACCACAAGGCCAAACCUUCAUGCCUGCAAAGCCCCAGCCUGCAGUGUUCCGCGUAAUCAGCUGUGGUCCAGACGUCACCAGAGCCAUCAAAAGAGAUUUGGAGGACAUCUUGCAGAAGGAGCUGAUAGAGAGGGCGGUGGAUGUGCAUCAACUCUCUCUGCUGGAUGACAUGGAGUUGGAAGCAGUGCGGGCUAAAAUCAGCAUCUUAGCAAUCAGCCUGGAGCACAGGAAACAUCACAGCUCUGGGGCAGGGAGCAGCAGCAGAGCUAGAGGCAGAGCCAAAUCUAAUGCACGAGAUCAGUCGGGGUCAGGACAGGAGGUCUAUGUGCUGAAAGGCCUGAAUGCAGAUGUUUUGAGUGUCACUGAACUCAUACACAAAGCAGCCCAAACAGCACUUUGUAAAGACCUCCUGGCUAAGGAAGAGGCCAUGCUGGCUCUUACCAUCCAGUGGUCGAUGAAGGAUAGCAAUGGAGAAUGGCAGGAGCUGAGCCUGCAUGACAACUACAGGCUGGAGGAGGCUCACAUAGGGAAGCAGAUGUCUGUCGAUAUAUCAACACCAGACGGCAGGAUGCUGAAAGUAAACCUGAGCACAGAGGAAGCCACAGAUUAUCUGACAGGUAUCACACAUAAAGUCAAAAGGAGUGAAUCAAAAACAGCUUUGGAGUUGCCUUCAAACUGGGAACCGAUGUAUGGAGAAAUCUUUAAGAGGGUAGAGUUACAGAGUAACUCCCCUGAGUACAAGAAUGUAGCCAAGCAUUUCCUCAAAACAGCUAAAUACAACAUUUGCAAAAUUGAACGUGUGCAAAACCUCUACCUGUGGCAUGCCUACAGUGUAUGCUUGCAGCGUAUACUUGCUAAGAACGGUGCAGCAGAACUCGGAGAAAAGUUUCUCUACCACGGCACAUCAGCAGAGUCAUGCCACUGCAUUGAACGAGACAGAUUUGACAGGGGUUAUGCAGGCGCACAUGCUGCUCGUUUUGGAAAGGGGGUUUACUUCGCGGUCAAAGCAAAUUAUUCUGCUCGUGGAUUUUCCCCGUCGGAUGCAUCUGGCCUGAAGCGGAUGUACGUUGCUCGUGUCCUGACUGGCCGUUACACAGUUGGGAAUCCCGCCUGGUCAGCCCCUCCUCCUCGAGGCUCCGACCCCACUGACCGCUUUGACAGCUUAGUGGACGACCAGCAGCCACCCUCCAUGUUUGUGAUUUUCCACGAUGACCAGGCCUACCCAGAAUACCUCAUCACCUUCAACUGAGCGGGAAUGAGAGAAGUCAAACUUCACGAUGGCAUGACUGAGUUUCUUUUUCAGUGCUGCAAUGACUGAGAUCACCUUUGAAUGCACCAUUUUAUUCUUUAUUGCUACUAUUGUUUCUGUUAUUUCUCAGCACCAUAGAUGCAUUUUAUUGGUCACCACACUGAACAGCUAAAAUAUAAAUUAUUUAGGAAAUAUUUUAUUGUUUCUUACAAAAUGUUUAUUAUAUUCACACUUUAGAAUAACUUCGAUUUGACAAAGUUAAAGCACUUUUCUGUUUGUAUUUGGCCACUCAAAUGAUGCAGCGUUCAACAGUCAUGGAAGUGAUUUUACUAUCACACAACAGCCACACUCCAAUGGCCACAUCUGGAGGGAAAUCAGUGUGUUAUCCAGGGAUACUCUGGACAUUCCAAGAAGCCAGGAAUUGAUGCACCAACCUGUUAGUUUAGUGUGCAGCUUCUCUUCAUCCUCAGCUCCAGCUGCCCAUAAAUAUGACUUUUUCAAUCAAAAAUGAAAAAUACAGCAUACUUUAUGUUUAUCAGUAAUAUGUUGCUUGUUAAUCAUUAAAUAUUUUUUGUUUGAACUUUUUCUUUAACAUGUUAUUUACAACUGUUUAUGGUUCAUUUAAAAGAGGAAGAAAAAUGACAUAAGGAUGAAUAAAACCAUCUUUGACAUGUUCAUUGAUUUAUUAAAAAUUAUUUAGAUGGGGAUGCAAUCUAUAUAUACCUGUAUGUUAAAACGGUAUUUAAGGGCUUGUACUUCAAAACAAAAAUGCUGUUAUUAAACAUAAAUAAGGUUUUUAUUUCAUGAUGGAGGUUGAGAAAAUAUUUAAGCAGAUUUGAAGGAAUAGGAUUUGUUUUUGUAACAGUUCUUUUAUUUUCUAAAAAAAAAAAAAGGUUUAAGGUGGAUUGUGUAUUUUUUUUUUAGAAAACCUUGUUUUACAUUGUGAGUUGUGGGAUUGAGAUUUAUUUGUUUAGUUCACUUCUCUGAAUGGCUAAAAUACAUGAAGAAAAGAUUAUUUGCAAACGACCUGGAUUUCUGUGAUACAUUCUCAGGAAAGUUCACGUGUGUGUCUAUGCAUAUAAGAAAAAACAUUAAAAUCAUCUCUAUAAAAUCUUUUUUUUUUUUUUUUGCAUAAUGUUCAACUUGGAAAGAGCAUGAAUUCACUUAUUCUGGAGUACAUAUUUAGAUUAUCAAUCACUGUUGAUAAAUAUUGCAAUAACUUACUUUUUGAAUACAAUUUCCUUGGAAAAGAUAUGGAGAGUGUUCAAUUCCAAUUUUCUUUUUUUUUUUUUUUUGGUCUUUGGAAUGUAAUCUUAGCACUUUCGAGUAUUUACACAAGUUUUUACAUUUUUUUUCUUCUUCUUUUUGCAUUUUAUUAAACAAAGA